UCAUUCCCUGCAUUCAGUGCGACGUCUCUUCUCACUAACAGUUUAAGAUGGCGACCGUGCAUCUAAGGAUCGGGGAUCUGGUUUGGGGUAAGCUUGGACGCUAUCCACCUUGGCCAGGCAAGAUCGUCAGUCCUCCGAAGGAUCUGAAAAAGCCAAGAGGCAAAAAAUGUUUCUUUGUCAAGUUUUUUGGAACUGAAGAUCACGCCUGGAUAAAGGUAGAGCAGCUGAAGCCUUACCACCCCCACAAAGAGGAGAUGAUCAAGAUAAACAAAGGCAAGCGCUUCCAACAGGCUGUUGAUGCAGUUGAGGAGUACUUAAAGAAGGCCAAGGGGAAAGAUCAGACACACUCUGAUGACAAAAGCAAGUCAGAUAAAGGCCGUAAAGCAGCUAAACCAAUGAAGAUCAUUGAAGAAGAUGAUGAAGAUGCCUUCAAGGGUGGCUCGUCGGACAAGGAACAGACUGAUUCUGACCCAGAGCCAUCCUCUGUACGACGGCUGGUCGCUGGAACAGUAUCAGGAUUCAAAUGGGAGAGCAGUCCAGUAAAGGAUGACCCACAUUUUCAUCACUUUCUGCUCAGCCAGUCUGAGAAGCCAGCUUCAUCAAUGGAGCCCAUCACCAAACGCUUAAAGAUAAUCGAGGAGGACACAGGAUCAACAUCUAUUCAAGCAGCAGACAGCACAGCCAUCAACGGCAGCAUCACACCUACAGACAAAAGGAUAGGGUUCCUUGGACUUGGACUGAUGGGAAGUGGUGUGGUUUCUAAUUUGUUGAAGAUGGGGCAUGUUGUGACUGUUUGGAAUCGCACGGCAGAAAAGUGUGAUUUGUUCGUCCAAGAAGGUGCCAGAUUAGGACGAACACCAGCAGAAGUUGUGUCCAUGUGCGAUAUCACAUUUUCCUGUGUAUCAGACCCAAAAGCUGCCAGAGAUCUUGUGUUAGGUCCUAGUGGAGUCCUACAGGGAAUCAGACCAGGCAAAUGUUACAUAGAGAUGUCAACCGUUGAUCCAGAAACCAUCACCGAGCUCGCACAGGUCAUCACAUCCAGAGGCGGCAGAUUCCUAGAAGCUCCAGUUUCGGGCAGCCAGCAGCUUUCCAAUGACGGUAUGCUGGUCAUUGUUGCUGCAGGAGACCGCAGUGUUUAUGAAGACUGUAGCAGCUGCUUCCAGGCAAUGGGGAAGACGUCUUUCUUUAUAGCAGGGGAAGCAGGAAAUGCUGCGAGAAUGAUGCUGAUCCUUAACAUGGUUCAAGGCAGUUUCAUGGCAACCAUCGCAGAGGGAUUGACCUUGGCGCAGGCCACGGGACAGUCACAACAAACAUUCUUGGAUAUUCUUUGCCAUGGACAAAUGGCAAGCACGUUUGUGGACCAGAAAUGCCAGAAUAUCUUGCAGGGCAACUUCAAACCAGAUUACUACCUGAAACACAUUCAGAAAGAUCUGAGAUUAGCCAUUUCAAUGGGAGAUUCGGUUAAUCAUCCAACACCAAUGGCAGCUGCUGCAAAUGAGGUAUACAAGAGGGCAAAAGCAUUGGACCAGUCGGACAAUGACAUGUCUGCAGUCUACAGAGCUUAUAUUCACUAAUCCUGUCAAUGUGCUCUACGUCCUGGACCACAAACAUCACCUGCUUCUUUGUUCCUCUCCCUCUGUCUUUCUCUCCUCUGCUGAUGAAUUUUGUUGGGCACCAGUGAUAUGUUUUCCCAUGUAUAAUGGGAUCUCUUUAGCAGCCUAAUCUGAGCAUUGCACUGACUGUAAUAUAGCUGCACGUAUGCUCAGUGGGAGGUUAUUAAACUCCCUGCGAGUGAUUAUUUUAUGAUAGAACGUGCAGUGUAUUAUAUCUGCAUUUCCUUAAGGCUACUGCAUACGAUGCAGUGUUGUUUGAAGAUGCUAGGGUUAUUAUUGAUCAUUCAUAACUUUACAAAUGAAUUCCCACAUUGUAAUUUUCGAUGUUCAGAAAUCUGUAAAGUAUGAACUUUUGAUCACAAACAGGCUUAAGGAGCACGACGAAGAAAAAGCCACUGCAUUGCCUUAAUACCCAAUAUAAGAUAGAUGUAUUUAUUUAUUUUAUCCCUUAAAGAUCACCACCAUGUCAGGUGCAAUUUGGCCGUACACAUUUUUUUUUUUCCUUCUCCGUUUUGGAGGUCACCUGUUCACUAGUAAAUGAUUUUGUUUUUACUGCCUGAUCAGAAAUGCAGUAUUAUUUUUUAUUGAAAUUUGGUUGUGUAAUAAUCACACAGAAGACCCUGAAAUGAUUUAUCAAUUACAAUGAAGCUAAUGCUGAGAAGCAUCCAGUAGUUUUCCCAUUAUUGAGUCUUGACUAUUGCCUCUGCAAUGGAUGUUUCUGUUUUCCAGCUUGACUAUUUUACGGACAGAUUUGUUUCACAGCAUUAAAGUCUUUCAGCUGUUGUGGGGGGAAAAAAAGGAAUAAUUUGAAGACAUUUUAAGUUGCUUUAUAUGCUUUGCUUUUUAAAUCGGAUGUGUCGUGUUUUUUUGUCCAAGUCAGUCAGCUGGCAGAGUGAUCUGUUGAUUUAUUAUUAUUUUUUACUAAUUGACUUUUUUUUUUUUUUUUCAUUAUGAUUCAUAAAAAAAAUGUAAAACAGUUAAGUCAAGCUAACGUUAUGCUACAUUUUAUCCCUAAAUUAUGAUUGCAUUUGUUAAUUUUAAGUGAUAUUACAAGCCAUAAAUUCAGUGGCAUAUAAUUUGGUCUUUUUUUUUUUUUUAAUCAGAACAAAUACAGGGUGAUACCUUUUAUAUAAAUUGUUGUUCUGCCAAAAAAGGAAGAAAAAAAAAAAGACUUUGAAGUGCUUAGUUAUGGAUAAGAGAAUUUUGCGAUUUACUAAGACGUUGUAAAUAUCCCCAUCAGAGGGUUGGGUUAUUUGAAUACAUGGAAUAACAUGCUUUCAGUUUGACUCUACUGAAUUUAUUAAUCAUCUGUUGUCUUAAUAUUGUAGACUGUUCUUUUGUCUUAGCUAAUGGGUUGAUUUGCUGUAAAUGGUUUGAUUUUUGUGGCUUAAACGGAGCUGGUAAUGACAUACUGACGACUUGAUUCCAGUUGUGCAAGGAAGGUAUUGGUGUUAUAAUUGGAGUUAUUUAUAAUUUCAUGUAAAUGUGAAAUUUCUUUUCUUUUUUUUGUUUGUGCGGUCAACUGAACGCUCUGAAUAAACAAACCCAAUGUCCA